ACUUUACGAACUAUGCGUUCCAAAGUGCAUCUGAGGAUUUCACUUUCUUAUGUUGUUUUCUUGUCGAUUAUAUGUCCUUUAUCAAAUGGUUUCAUUCCUCAGAUCACUGAUAGAAUCGAAACGGCAGUUGUACAAGAAAAAGGUACUGCUUAUCUUAACUGUACAGCAGUCAUAGAGGAACAACAGGAGUCUCAAAUUAGUUGGUAUCGUACUGUAGACAAACAACAAAUCUCAUCUGGUAGUACACUUAAAGAUCCUGUUCGUCGUGGUCCUCAUGGUGUCAGCAAAUAUGCAGUUAGGUUUCUUCCUGGAAGACCCAACUAUGCACCUAAUAUGGCUGGUGUCGACGUAAACAAACUACGUACCUACCAACUGAUUGUUCGAUUUGUAGAUAUUAAUGAUGCAGAUACGCAAUUCAGGUGUGUUAUUGAAUUGAGAACUACGCCAGUUGAUCAGUGGCCUGUAGCAUAUGGGAAUAUUAUUGUGAAACGCGCUCCUGAAAUUCUCCCGGGGUUGACAUCUAAAAUUGUGACGGAAGGAGACUCUUUAACGUUAGUUUGCCGGGCACAAGGCUCGCCACCACCGAUGAUAAGUUGGACUAGAGCUAAUGGAAGGCCUCUGUCACUUCCAGGUUCACCACAAAGAAUUUAUAAUUCAACACUACAUAUUCCCCGCGUUGAUCGUUAUGAUCGUGGUGUUUAUCGAUGUUAUGCAGUUAACAACGUAGCUGGGUCGGCUGAAUAUGAUGUAAUGGUGGAAGUUAAUUAUGCACCACACGUUCGUGAGGCUCGGUUCAAGGGAGCUUAUGGACAGGCACCAGAUGGAAAUUAUGACAUGACAUUGGAAUGCAUUGUCAAUGGAUAUCCUGAUCCUGAUUUAUUAUGGUAUACUGGAAUUUAUGAUCCGAUAACUAAUAAUAAACCCCUAUUUGAUAAUAAUCGUUAUGAACUUGAAAAAGCUCAAAGUUAUGGUUCAGCUGGAACAAAUGUAACUGAUGUUUUCUCAACUCUACUAAUUCGUAAUGUACGAGUUGGUGAUUAUGGAAAUUAUUCUUGUAGAGCGGAAAACAAAUAUGGAUCAAAUUUUGUUGUACUCAGUUUAUUUUAUCAAUCAAUCUGUCAAGGUGCUUACUGUCCAAUGCUUGGGGCUGUUUCCUUGGAAGCUCGAGUUAAUGAAGAUGGAACUUCAGUUAUCAACUAGUUUGAUAAUAAGCUAUGAAAUUGUCACAGUGUUCUUUUUAUCUCUAUCUUGUUAUUUUCGACUUUUUUUAAAUUUUUACUGUCAUGUAGAUACAAUAACUAUUUUAAAAUAAACAUUUUAUAAUUA